AUGUGUUUAGAACUUAAGUGGUUUUUUAUAAAAAGCGUGAAAAAGUUUUCCUUUGGUUAUUAUUGUGCUGUUGGAAAUGUAAAUGCUCUUACUUUGUUCGACCAAGGCAUUUCUUUCCCUUGUGUAAGGGAAUUAGUAUCAAAGUUCAAUCAAAAAGCUGGUCAAAGUACUAAUAUGCAAAAUAAACCAAUUCCUGAAAAAAAAGGUGAAGGAACUACUUCGAAAAGUAGUUUAAAAAGUAUUAAACUGACACCUGGAGAACAAGAAACUUGUUUUUCUAGCUCUAGUAAUCAAGCUGAAGAAUCAAGUAAUCGUGAAUCAGAGUUAGCUGGAGGUGGCUCAAAAUUAGUAGAAUUUAAGGAUCCAGAAAGCUGCAAAGGAUAUAAAUUGAUGGAUUUAUUAAAUGAUGCAUUUCAUGGAGAUAUAACGGAAGAUAAAGAUAUUAUGAUGAGAUGCUUAGGUGGUAUUUAUGUAUAUGUUCAUAAUAAUAGUUUAGUUUAUGCAAAAAGGGCAAAUUUAAUAUAUACGAAUUUAGCUAAUAGCUUUUUAAAAUUACAUUUUAAAGGAAAAAAUGAAGAAAGGAUUAGUAUAUUAAGAAAAAAUAAUGAUCUAUCUGAUACAAAAGAUUAUAAUUUGGAAUUAUUUAAGAAAAUGUUAAAAAAAGUGUGUGCAAAAAAAGAUAUUGUUCUAUUAGAAAAAGCAGAGCUUGUAAAAGCAGAGAGUAUCUUGGAAAAAUAUAAUUCUAUUAUAUCUGAUUAUACGAUCUCUCUUUCCACUGUAGUUGCAAAUGUAAGAAAACUUGCUGAAAAUUAUCAAAAUUAUAAGCUAGAUUUAAGAUUUUUUAAUUACAAAUAUUUUAUGGAAUUAUUGGAAACAGAUAAAUUAGGUAAAAUAAUAAAUUUUUUAUCAUCUUUAUCAUCAGAUUCACAAUCAAAAUAUAUUAAAAUAGAUAUAAGCAUUUUAAGGGGUUUGAAUAGUAAUUUAAAUGUUAUAAGAAGGCUAAUAAAUAAUGUACAAAGUGCCUUUAAUUUAACAAAAAAAAAACUCUUUGAUAUUUUUAAAAUGAAAGGGAAUUUCAAUAUAUUACUUCUUAAGGAUUUUUUAUUAUGGUAUUUUGACAAAUAUGACUAUAAAAAUAAGAUAGAAGAAAUUUCGUAUUUACUGGAAGAUGGAAAUUUAGGACCAGUUAUUAAAAAAAAUUUAAUGAAAAUCUUACAUGAGAAUGAAGAAAGUUUUAAAAAAUUUAAGGAAAAAUUUAAUUUAGAUGGAGUUUUUCGUGCAUCGAUAAGAACUUCUAGACUAUGUUUAAAAAAUAAUAAAGAGGAAUUAGAAUUACAAAGUAAAUGGAAUGAUGCAGCACUUUUGCUUGAAAAGUUAGUUGUAAUCAAUAAAGUAUCUCAGUUUUUGUUAGAUUUUAGAGAAAUUUUAUCACUUUUAAAUGUAAAUUUUCUCAAGUUAAAAUGUAUAAAAUCACCAGAAAAAAAAAAAGAGUUUUUUGAUAAUAUAGAUAUUGCUUUUAAAAAAUAUGACGAACAAAAAAAAAAAUUAAAAAUGUAUACACAAUGGUUUCUCAUUAUAUCCAGAAUUAAUGAGAAAUUAGAAAAUUUAGAAAGUUUCCUUUUAGAAAAUCAAUAUAUUGAAAGUGUUUUAAAGGAAAUAUAUGAACAAUGCAAUUUUUCUUAUAUUACAUGUAAUUCAGAUGAAAAAAUGCAGCAUAAGAGAUCUAAAAUCGUUUACUUUUCAAUAAAUUUUGUUUUAGAACAUUUACUUAAUAAUAAAGGCAUUUUUUUAAAAGACUUAGAAUAA